CUCGGGAAUCCCACCCAGAGCUGCUUACAUUUAGCCCCAACCGUUGGAGGUUGAAUUAAAAGCUUUUUCUUUAAAAGCACCCUCCAGUCUUCUGGCUGUAAAAUUUCAAGCAAGUCCUCCAGCAUUCCUGAGUUGUAACUGGUCGAUCAUCCUUUAUGUCUGACACUGUGGAAAUAACGCCGGGAGUGGAGCAAAACUGCAACCCCUAGCUGGCCAUCUGCCAUGAGUGCCUCCCUUCCCCCUCCUCUCACCCACUCCCCCUGGCUCUAGCAGUGGAUACAUUCUCUCGUAAACGGGUACUUAUUUUUAGUGAUUUAAUGAUUGUUUCAUUUAAUUUAGCGAUUUCAUCUGCAUCUCUAGGUGUUAGCAGCACCUGCAGGGGUCUAACAGUAACGGCCUCCCCGACUGAAGAUGUCCAACAAUGGAGUUGAAACCGAAGACAAACCGCCUGCUCCUCCGAUGAGAAAUACCAGCACUAUGAUUGGAUCGGGAAGCAAAGAUGCUGGGACUUUAAACCAUGGCUCAAAACCUUUGCCUCCCAACCCAGAAGAAAAGAAAAGGAAGGACCGAUUUUACCGAUCUAUUUUACCAGGAGAUAAAACCAAUAAAAAGAAGGAGAAGGAGCGGCCGGAGAUCUCCCUCCCUUCAGACUUUGAACACACAAUUCAUGUGGGGUUUGAUGCAGUCACGGGAGAAUUCACGGGAAUGCCGGAGCAAUGGGCGCGUUUACUGCAGACUUCCAACAUCACCAAGUCGGAGCAGAAGAAGAACCCCCAGGCAGUGCUGGACGUGUUGGAGUUUUACAACUCCAAGAAGAUCUCCAACAGCCAGAAGUACAUGAGUUUCACAGAUAAAUCAACAGAGGAUUACACUUCAUCAAAUACAUUGAAUGUGAAGGCUGUCUCGGAGACCCCUGCAGUGCCCUCGGUGUCUGAAGAUGAAGAUGAUGAAGAUGAUGCAGCUCCACCCCCUGUGAUAGCUCCACGACCCGAACACACAAAAUCUAUAUACACCCGCUCUGUGAUAGAACCUCUUCCUCCUCCUACCAGAGAUGCAGCCACCUCUCCUAUUUCUUCUCCCUUGGAAAACAGCACAACGGCACCUGACAUGCUGGUCAGGAACACGGAGAAACAAAAGAAAAAGCCAAAAAUGUCAGAUGAAGAGAUCUUGGAAAAAUUAAGGAGCAUUGUGAGCGUGGGUGAUCCGAAAAAGAAGUACACAUGUUUUGAGAAGAUUGGGCAAGGAGCCUCAGGGACAGUUUACACAGCCAUGGAUAUAGCUACAGGACAGGAGGUUGCAAUCAAGCAGAUGAAUUUGCAGCAGCAGCCCAAAAAGGAACUGAUUAUUAAUGAAAUCCUUGUGAUGAGGGAAAACAAAAACCCCAACAUUGUCAACUACUUGGACAGGUAUGUCAUGAUUUGA